GAGAGAGAGAGAGAUCCAGAAUCAGAUAUGAGUAGCAGAGACAGAGAGAGAAGAUGGUCUCUUGAGGGAUUGACUGCCCUUGUUACUGGAGGAACCAAAGGGAUUGGGCACGCUAUAGUGGAAGAAUUGGCAGGGCUAGGUGCGACUAUUCAUACUUGUGCUCGGAAUGAAGUUGAUCUCAAUGACUGCUUGAGCCAAUGGGAGAAGAAGGGUUUUCAAGUCACUGGUUCAGUGUGUGAUGUGGUGUCAAGAACCCAAAGAGAGGAGCUUAUAAACAAAGUCUCGUCAUUGUUUGAUGGAAAACUUAACAUCCUUAUAAACAAUGUGGGAACAACAAGCAUAGUAAAACCAACGAUGGAGUUCACAGCUGAAGAUUAUACAUUUCUUAUGAGUACCAAUCUUGAAUCUGCUUAUCACUUCUGCCAACUUGCACAUCCUCUGCUCAAAGCUUCAGGAGCCGGCAACAUUGUUUUUCUGUCUUCUGUUGCUGGUGUGGUUUCGGUGGAAGUUGGAUCUGCAUAUUCUGCCACCAAAGGAGCAAUGAAUCAAUUAGCCAAAAACUUGGCAUGUGAGUGGGCAAAAGAUAACAUAAGGACUAAUAGUGUUGCACCUGGGUUCACCAAAACUCCCCUCAUUGAACAUGUAAGAUGAUCAUAUCCAGAUCAUGUGCGUGUUUUUGUAGGUUUUCACUAAUAACCAAUUAG